ACCACUUUGCUUCCCUCUCGCUUCUUUUUAGCUAAAACACAUAACAAGAUAUACUGAAAUACUCACCAUUUUUUUCAUGGAUCUAUCACAAAAACUUCCUUCCUUCAGCUGUGAACUUAGAAUAAUACAAGCCCAAAACGUCGAGUUCAUCAAGUCAACUAAAAACCUAUUUGCCAGGUUGUAUCUUCCAGCAGGAAACAACAAAAGAAUUCAACUCAACAGCAAAAAGGUUUCAUCCAAAUCUGUUCCCUUUUGGAACGAGUCCUUCAGUCUAGAUUGUUCAUGUGCCCAAGAAUUCUUGGAUGCCCUUAAACAAGAAACUCUGGUGUUAGAGCUAAGGCAGAGCAACACAGCCCCACAAGUGCUGAGGAAGAUUUUGGGGUCACAUCUCGUGGGGAAGGGUGAGAUUCCAUGGAAGGAAAUUCUUGAAUCACCAAACAUGGAGUUCAAGAAGUGGGUGAAGAUGGAGUUGGUCAGUGGUAGUGGUUGUGAAGAUGCUAUGUUCAGAGCACCAGAAGUACAAGUAGAGAUUAAAAUACAAGUGGCUUCAGCUGCAGAGAUGGAAAAGGAGAAUAGAAGGAGGUUGAACAAGUGGAAUGAGUGUGGAUGCAAACAUGGCCAUGAUCACCAUGACUGGUGCAGCACCGAAGAUUAUGAUAUGUUUGCACUUGGUGCAGCUUUGGAAGCUUUUUGA